AUGGCUCUCACCCGUCGGUGGACGUUUGCUUUGGUUGUAACAUCCUUGCUUGCCUUCACUUACCUACUUUCCAACAUCUACGGCAACAGAUCGAGCAGAGCCCUGGGUCCUUCACAGCAGUUUUAUCCGCCUCCAUCUCAGGAGCACGAUGGGAAAUUUUCCUGGAAGCACCGAGCGGUGCACUUUCCUUUGGAGUCGUACACCCCAUUGCCAACGGGGCCCCUCAAAAUCCUGCCACGAGUACAAGCAACAUUCGACGCUGAGGAUGCGACUCUGAGAACUUCGCGAUUAGAGCGCCGCCAGAAGGUAGAGCUGGCCUUCAGAAAAUGCUGGAAUUCGUACAGAGCAAAAGCCUGGAUGUUCGAUGAGCUUGCCCCUCUUUCAGGCGCCGGACGCAAUACUUUCGGAGGCUGGUCUGCGAGUCUUGUUGAUGCUCUGGACACAUUGUGGAUCAUGGGCUUCAAAGACGAGUUUGACAACGCAGUUGAUGCAGUUCGUCGCAUAGACUUUUCUACGUCGACAGACACAACAAUCAAUGUGUUUGAGACGACAAUUCGCUAUCUCGGUGGCUUUCUGUCCGCCUACGAUCUGAGUGGGGAGAACGCUCUACUAGAAAAGGCUGUUGAGGUUGGGGAAAUGCUGCUGGCGGCGUUUGACACUCCGAACAGGAUGCCUAUCACACGAUGGGAGUGGAAAGUGGCGAGAGAUCGUCUGCAAGCCCAGCAAGCUCCGGACUGGAUGCUCGUAUCGGAACUCGGCUCACUCUCUCUCGAGUUUACGCGCUUGAGUCAGAUCACCGGUGAUGAUCGGUGGUACGACGCGAUUGCUAGAAUUACGGACCUUUUCCACCAGCAGCAAAAUCACACAAAAAUACCCGGACUUUGGCCAGUGGUUGUUAAUCCCCGAGAUAAGGAUCUCACAAAAGACAGUGGCUUCACACUCGGCGGAAUGUCAGACUCCUUGUAUGAAUACUUCCCCAAAGAGUAUGCCCUACUUGGUGGGCUCAGCCCGGUCUAUCAGCAAUUAUACGAGACCUCAAUGGCUACAGUAAUCAAAGAGAUGCUGUUCCGACCCAUGAUACCCAACAGCGAAGAUAUCCUAAUGUCUGGGGACUUGAGAGCAGACUCUGAUGGCUCUUCCGCUCUAGAUCACCGGAUCCAGCACCUGACUUGCUUUGCUGGGGGCAUGCUUGGUGUGGGAGGCCGUUUGUUUUCCAACGACAAUCAUGUUGCGGUAGGGCAGAAGUUGACAGACGGAUGUAUCUGGGCGUACAAAGCGAUGCGAUGGGGCAUUAUGCCUGAGAUUGCGCACAUGACCCCCUGCAAAUCGCAGUUAGAUUGUACCUGGGAUGAGGCCGUGUGGCUUCAGGAAGUAGGGAAGCAACAUACCACCGAUCCUCCCGUCACCAAUCUACAAGAAUUUGCUGUGACGCAAAACCUACCCGAAGGCUACGCCAAAUUCGACGACAGAAAAUACAUCCUGCGACCCGAAGCAAUCGAGAGCGUUUUCAUCUAUUAUCGUAUCACCGGUGACGAAAAGUAUCGAGACCAUGCUUGGGAAAUGUUCAAUGCUAUUGAGAAGGUCACCAGUACCGAAUUCGCCAAUGCUGCUAUUCCGGACAUUGCUACAAAAGACCAACCGCGUCAGGAUGACAGAAUGGAGAGUUUUUGGCUCGCCGAAACAUUGAAAUAUUUCUACUUGAUCUUCAGCGAACCUGAGUUGAUCAGCCUCGACGAUUAUGUUCUCAAUACCGAAGCUCAUCCGUUCAAGCGGCCGAAGUAA